AAUCAGUUCCUUCCUUAGUUGAACGGGCCACGCUACUGUAGAUUUGAGGCAGGCAGGCAGUCGCUGUCUGUGCCUGCCCUCAUCCACAUUCCUGAGACACUCAAAGAUCUUCAUCGGGCUACCCGGCAUCCGCUAUUCAAACAAGACCAUCAUGAGCUUCAUUCUUCAUUGAUCGAAUUGGGCGGUGCACGCUGAAUCAAGCGGCGCGGCCUCUGACCGUAAUCAUUGCGCAGCUGCAGCCAAGAAUGCAGUGCUUGCUCGUUUUGACCACCUGCGUGCGCAGUCGGAGGUUCUAAUAUUCAGCACCGUACGCUGACUGAGUAACGUUGGGCACAACCACGACAGGACGCGGCGGCGGAGAACUCCCUGCACGCUUCGCAGCCCCGUGCAGCAUUAGAGCUCUCACAAGGGCCUAAUAAAAGACAAGGGCCUCUUAUCGCGGAGAUGCUCCUCACUUGCCUGUAGGCUGCGAGCCGUGUGGGUUAUGGCUCCAAUGUUUUUUAUCCGCGGGGGGUGGCUGCAAGCACUUCAUGCCCACGGGCAUAAUUAUCGCCGCCGGUGCUGCGUUCGAUAUCAAAAGUCGUGCAGGCCUCGCAUCUUCCACUCGCACGCUCACGCUCUCUACACAGAUCCAUCGUCUGUGGUUUCCGUGCACGACAUCCUGAUUCAAGAGGUCGUCAUGUCUGGAUCUCAGUCCACAGCCUGGUGGCAAAAGCCGGAGGAUCAGCGGGUAGCCGACGGCAACAAGACCAGCAGCGACCUGGGCCCUGAGGUCAACGAGGAAACGGCACUGCUUCCAGGCACUCUGCCGAGUGAAGAUGAGCCAGCGUCAGGGAACGACCAUGAUGACCAAGAAAGCUGGAACGAACCUCGCAUCAACGCAUAUCGCUUCGCUUCUGUCAUCUUCACAUUGUUCAACCUUGGCUUGAAUGAUGCCUGCAUUGGCGCACUGAUCCCCUAUAUACAACCUUACUAUGGCAUCAACUACACAGUCGUGUCGACCCUGUUCGUGGUGCCCUUCGUGGGCUACCUCAUUGCAGCACUGGCGAACAGCUGGAUUCAUCUCAACAUUGGCCAGCGCGGCAUAGCAUUCUGCGGUCCCGUCUGCCGGCUGAUCAGUUUCAUUGCCAUGGCAUCGCAUCCCAAGCAGUUUGCGUACCUGCCUAUAGCCAUGGCCCUGACGGGUCUGGGGAAUGGAUUCAAUGACAGUGCCUGGAACGCCUGGGUGGGCAACCUGCGAAACCAGAACGAGCUUCUCGGCCUGAUCCACGGCGCAUACGGUCUAGGCGGCAUCGUUGGUCCCCUCAUUGCGUCCGCCAUGGUGACCAAGCUUGGCUACCAGUGGUAUGAGUACUUCUACGUCAUGAUUGGCGUGUCUGUCCUUGAGAUUGUCUGGAACACGGCAUCUUUCUGGACGGCCACGGCCGCCGAGUAUCGACGAAGACACAAGUUCGGCGAGGGCAAAGAACCCACCAGCACGCGGGAGAUUCUGUCGUCGCCCGUGCCUUGGAUUGUGUCGGCUUUCCUCUUUGGCUACGUGGGCAUCGAGGUCUGUCUCGGUGGCUGGAUCCCAUCAUUCAUGAUCGAGGUCCGUCACUCGGACAAGUUCCUGGCUGGCGUGGUGGUGACCCUGUUCUGGGCAGGCCUGACCCUCGGUCGCGUGGUCCUGGGAUUUGUCACUGGUCGCAUCGGCGAGAAGCUGGCCAUUGUCAUCUACCUAACCAUCUGUGUCGUGCUAGAGAUUCUCUACUGGGCGAUCCCCAGCCUGGAGGUGGCUAUCGUGUGCGUUAUCUUCAUGGGAUUCUUCCUUGGCCCGCUCUUUCCCGCGGCCAUUGUGACCAUGACAAAACUGCUACCAGCAGACCAGCACGUCGCGACGAUUGGGCUGUCGGCUGCCAUUGGAGGCGGCGGCGCGGCAGUGUUCCCCUUCCUGGUGGGGUUGAUUGCGGAGGAUGUGGGCGUCCAGGUCCUGCAGCCCUUUGUGCUGGUGCUCAUGGGGGUCAUUAUGGUCCUCUGGGUCGUCUUGCCAGGAGGCUUCAGGAAGGGUGGCCUUGAGCAGGCCCGAAGGGAAGGCUUGCGCAUCGGGGACGUCUUCAGGGGAUCUACCUGAGGGGUCUAACUUAGAGAUUGCCGGCCUCUAAAGGUACAAGAACAGGGAACAUGAUGCAGAUCGAUAGCGGACCAAUAUUUUUCACGGAACUUAUUCACCAAUGUCUUGUACCAUGGCCAUUUAGGCCUUUACAGUCGAAGUAUGUGAUUGAGUAAUAUCCGUACCUGGUACCUUGGCAAAGACCUCCACGAUAUGCCAAGCGUGGGGCAGAGGGGCGGAAGGGCUGCUCAGAUUUAUCUGACGUCCAUCCAACCCACCUU